AUGUUACGCCGACGAGAUCGCCGACUUCUGCAGGAUUCAAAAGUCAUCCCUACAGACCAUGUCGUUGCCCCACACCAUUUGCUCGUUAUGGACUUGAAAAUCUCCCGCCCAGGGAAGAGACAUCCAAGGACUGAAACAGAGCGCAUCAAAUGGUGGAAUCUGAAAGAUCGAGAAGAGAUAUUUUUUGUGUCCGUGGCUCCAUCUGCACUUCCCCACCCUACUCGUAGUGUGGAGGAAAUGUGGUCGUCUACCUCCAGCGUUAUACGCUUGACCGCGGAGAACACUCUGGGAAAGACGACUCUAGGUAAGCCCAAAGUACAAAAAGCUACGUGGACACGUCAGCCUGAAGAUCGGGGUGCUUACCUAGCGGCGAAGAGGGAGGCUAAGAAGGCAGUCUCCAAGGCGAAGUCGGACCGCUACAAGGUUGUGUACGACAUACUUGAUACCAGAGAAGGCGAGCGGGCAGUGUAUCGUUUAGUCAGAGCGCGACAUCGCUCAACGUUGGAUAUAGAACACACCAAUAUCGUUAAGGGAGCUGAUGGAGCCGUUCUGCGCCGCCCUGGUCAGAUCCCGGAGAGGUGGCGAGAGUACUACAACCACUUGUGUAACGAAGAGUUCUGUCAUCCUCCGAUCCCAACUGUUCCCAGCGUCGAGGGUCCUGUUCUACCAAUUACUGCCGUCGAAGUCAGUGCUGCCCUCGCAAAAAUGAAGUCUAACAAGGCAACCGGUCCUGAUGACAUACCUGCUGAUGUCUGGAAGCUGCUAGGAGAUCGAGGGUCCGUGCGGCUCGCAACUCUAUUUAACAAGAUCGUUGCAGAAGGACGGACUCCAGACGUUUGGCAAACUUCCGUGACCGUGCCUGUCUGGAAAGGGAAAGGAGACAUUGCUGACUGCACUUUGUACAGGCCUAUACGACUGCUGUGCCAUACGAUGAAGGUUUUUGAGCAUGUCCUGGAGGCUCGUCUGAGGAAAAUUGUCAGCGUUUCACUCAACCAGUGCGGUUUCUUGAAGGACUGCAGCACUAUAGAUGCUAUCCAUGCUGUCCGUAUCCUUCUGGAGAAACAUCAAGAGAAGAACCGCAGUGUGCAUCUUGCUUUUCUCGAUCUCGAGAAAGCUUUCGACCGUGUCCCACAUGAGCUGUUAUGGAUGUACAUGAGGUCGCAUAGAGUACCAGAAGAAUAUGUGCGGUGGACAAAGCUACUUUAUGCGAAGCCUACCAGCGUUGUCCGAUGUGCUGCUGGAACAAGCAGGCCAUUCCCUGGACAAGUAGGGGUUCACCAGGGUUCAUCCCUCUCACACCUGCUGUUCAUACUGUGCAUGGACACGAUAACGAACGAAAUCCAGAAGCAGCACCCGUGGACUCUACUCUUUGCCGAUGAUGUGCGUUGCUCGCUCGCGUCGGAGUCUCGAGGUGAUCUUCAGAAACAAGUACAGUCUUGGAAGGAUCGGCUGCAGAAAUAUGGAUUGCGCCUCAACACAUCAAAAACUGAGUACAUGGAGUGCAGACCAAGGAUAGAGGAUGGUUCAAUUCGUGUCGAUGGCACCGAAUUGAACAAGGUGAACUGUUUCAAGUACCUUGGAUCCAAAGUGACUUCCACAGGCGACAUUGAUCAAGAAGGUCGAGCACGUGUUAAUGCGGCAUGGAUGAAAUGGAAAAUGGCAACAGGCGUACUGUGCGACAAGAAAGACCUUGUUCGACUGAAGUCAAAGAUCUACAGGACGGUUAUGCGUCCUGUUGCCCUUUACGGAUGCGAUUCCAUUUAG